CCCGCCACACAUCUCUGUGCGGCAGACGUGGCCGUCGCCGUGGGAGGACUCCAAGUCCCAUGGUGCACCACUACCGGAAGUGCGGGCGCGCUUUCUGUGCCGACGCACGCGGCCGGCCGGCUGCCGGUUGGUUCCUGGCCGCGGGGACUGUGGGGACCCGCGGUAUUCCCGCGCACCCAGGCCAGUGAGGUGGGCGAGUCCGGCCCGCACUCAUACUGCGGAGCCGAGCGGCCUGGGCCUGGUGGCUGCGCCCCUACGGGGUCGUGUGGACUCCGAACUCACCUCUGUGUCCACGUGCCACUUGUUCACUGCACGGUAUCCGGGACCCCGCCGCCGGUUGGCGUGGCGAGAGGGAGCAGGCCUGGCCCUGCUUCUCCGGAACCUAAGUUUAGAGCGCGCGAACACACAGAGUAAAUAAACGAGUCGAUCCAGACCGAGAUAAGCUCGAAGGGAUGAGGUGGCCCUGAGAACUGGGGCGAGCGCCAGGCAGAAGGGUCAGGUGCAAAGGCCUCACCGUGGCUGGGGAUGGGUCCAGAAGCAGGAGCCAGCCCAGCCCGUGGGGGGCUGUCACAGCGAGGCCAACCUUCGGGUGUAGUGCAUCAAGCACGGGUGUGUUCAUGCAAACCACACGGUUCCUGUGGGCGGCCUCGCUGUCUGGCGCAGAAAGGUUUUCUUGUUCAAGGUCUCACAGUUGGGGUAAAGUGGGGAAACUCCUUGCAAGGAGGGGACUUCUGCAAUACCUAGGGAAGUAGCCGGUUGUGAUUUUUAUUUUUAGAGAUAAAAUAAUACAUGAGACCUACCAUUUUAAUCACCCAAUUCAGUCGUAUUGGGUCCAUUCACAUUACACAACUGUCACCGUCAUCCAUCACCAGACUGUUUUUCAUCUUCCCAAGUUGGAUUAGACAGUAACUCCCUAUUCUCUCUUCCAGUUCCUGGCUCCCACCAUUUAAAUUUUUUGUCUCUGAAUUUGGCUACUCUGGGGACCUUGUAUUAGAGAAAGCACACAGCGUUUGCCCUUCUGGAUCUGACAUUUCGUUUAACGAUCUUCUGAAGGUUCAUGCACGUUGUAAUGUGUGUGUGCGCGUAUCCCAAUUUUGUUCCCUUUUAAAGCUGAAUAGUAUUCCUGUGAUUUAUUUAAGACUUCCGGCAGCUAUGUAGAAACUGAGUGGGGGACAGGAGCCAGGAAAGUGGGGGCCUGGCAGAACUGCCCAUCCUGGGGGAAGGGGCGGUGAUAGCUAGGGAAUCGGAGGAAAGAGGGAGCGGCAGUGUGGGCAAAUGAACACAGGGACGGCAGGCUCUGAGAGUCAGACCUAGUUUGAAGUUCUUGGCUUUGGCACUUACCGGCUAUGAGUCCUUAGGCAAGAUCUAAUCUGUCAUGGCCUCCAUUUCCUUUCCUUCGAGGUGCAAAGAUUGAAAAAGGCAACGUGCGUGCGGGGAAGCCCACUGCUGGGUCACUUGGCCCAGAGCGAUUGCCAGUUAAUAGGAUCACAGGAGCUGGGACAAGGUCUCUAGAGGAGCCCCAGGAAGGCUCCGGGGAGAAGGAGGCCCCUGAGGCUGGCUGGGAAGUGGCCCAUUUAGAGCUCUGGCUUCUGGCAGCAGCUGCGAUCGGCCCCCAAAGCCUUCCUCCGUGCCGAGAUUUGCACCAGCUCACUCUGACAGGGGCCCAGAAUGCCCAGCUCCGGAGCAGGGCGGGCCUGAGGGCCAGGAACCUCUGAAAGGGCGGGUUUCCCAGCCGCUACGCGGGCCCUCGCGGCGGGAGAGGCUGGACUGAGACGGACUAACAGGAAGCCGAGUGCAGCUGGGCUGGCGGCUGCCGGUUGGGGUCCGCGGCCGCGUCUCCAGGGCUGCAGGCUGGCAGAGGGCAGGCGGGGCGGGGAGGGACCCCGAGGCCGUUGCCUGCGGUCCCACCACAGAGCUAGGGGUGUCCUGACUGGGCGGGACCGGGAGUCCCGGCCCGCUCCGGGAACUCACCGGCGGAAACCUGGCGCCAGACGCGCACCGGGGACCGCGCACAGCCUGGAAGGCAGCCUUCCCAGGCCCUGCCUGAGCAGGCCUGCUUGGCAGGCUGGGACAUGUCUGGCCCCCGAGGACGGCCGGUGGGCGAUGGCUGCGGUGGCGGAGGGGCUGGAGCCCGAGGCAGCUGCUACAGAAGAUGAUGCACAAGAUGCUGUAGAUGCUGUGGGUGCUGUGGACGCAGAACCCGGGGACCCCCCUCUCCUGGUUGGGAGCCGGCUGAGCCUGGACCUGUACCCUGGGGGCUGCCAGCGGCUGCGACACCUGUGUGCCCGGCAGUCCCCGCAGCUGCUGGAGGUGCAGUUCAUGCAACUGAGCAGCCACGAGGACCCUCGGCUGCUAGAGACCACCCUGGCCCAGGUGCCGUGCAGCCUGCGGCAUCUUCGCUCCCUGGUCCUCAGAGGUGGGCAACAGCGGGAUGUGCUGGGUGCCUGCCUCCGGGGCUCCCUGACCACACUGCCUGCUGGCCUGAGUGGCCUGACCCACUUGGCCCACCUAGACCUGAGCUUCAACAGCCUGGAGACGCUGCCGGGCUGCAUCCCCCAGAUGCAUGGUCUGAGCACCCUCCUGCUCUCCCACAACCACCUCUCAGAGCUCCCUGAGGCUCUGGGCGCCCUUCCCGCCCUCACCUUCCUCUAUGUGACCCACAACUGCCUGCGAACGCUGCCCAAAGCGCUGGGAGCCCUGUCCACCCUGCAGUGCCUCGAUCUCUCACAGAACCUUCUGGACACUCUGCCCCCUGAGAUUGGAGGCCUGAGCAGCCUCACCGAGCUCAACCUGGCCUCCAACCGGCUGCAGAGCCUCCCAGCCUCCCUUGCGGGGCUGCGGUCCUUGCGGCUGCUUGUUUUGCACAGCAACCUCCUGACCUCGGUGCCCACCAGCCUGGCCCACCUCCCGCUGCUCACCCGACUGGAUCUGAGGGACAACCAGCUCCGGGACGUGCCCCCUGAGCUACUGGACGCCCCCUUUGUGCGCCUUCGGGGGAACCCCCUGGGCGAGGCCCCGCCUGCCCUCCCCAGUCCCCCAGGGACACCGACGAUCCCAGAAAUGCCCAGACUGUUCCUGAACUCAGAUUUGGACAGCUUCCUCGUGACCCCCCAAGGCUGCUCGGUGACCUUGGCCUGUGGCGUCCGCCUGCAGUUCCCUGCUGGGGCCACUGCCACCCCUGUCAGCAUCCGCUAUCGACUACGGCUGCCGGAGCCGCGACUCGUCCCCUUGGGUCCCCACGACUCUCUGCUCAGCCACGUCCUGGAGCUGCAGCCCCACGGGGUGGCCUUCCAGCAGGAGGUGGGCCUGUGGCUGCUCUUUGUGCCCCCGCGGGCCCGGCGUUGCCGUGAGGUGGUGGUCAGGACCCUGAAUGAUGACAGCUGGAGUGACCUGGAGACUCAUCUGGAAGAAGAGACACCCAAGCGGCUCUGGGCCCACUGCCAGGUGCCCCACUUCUCAUGGUUCCUCGUGGUUUCGCGUCCUGUGUCCAAUGCCUGCCUGGUGCCACCAGAGGGGACGUUGCUGUACUCCUCGGGACAUCCUGGGGUCAAGGUCACAUUCCCCCCUGGGGCCACUGACGAGCCUCGGCAGGUCUAUAUGCAGGUGGUGCGCGUGGCCAGCGGGGAGCUUCGGGCCCUGCUGGAGGAGCCCGGGGCGGCGGCCAGCCCCCUGCUCUGCCUCUCCCAGAGCGGCCCCCCCAGCUUCCUCCAGCCGGUCACAGUGCAGCUGCCUCUGCCCCCCGGCGUCACAGGCCUCAGUCUGGAUCGCUCGUGCCUUCACCUGCUGUACCGGACCCCUCCAGAAGCCACGUGGGAUGACAUCACCACUCAGGUGGCCCUGGAGCUCACCCACCUGUAUGCUCGCUUCCGGGUCACGCACUUCUCCUGGUACUGGCUCUGGUACACCGCCAAGACCCGCGUGGAGGGCCUGGCUCGCAAGGCCUGGGAGCGGCUGCGGCUGCACCGCGUGAGCCUCAUCGCGCUGCAGCGACGCCGCGACCCCGAGCAGGUGCUGCUGCAGUGUCUGCCCCUCAGCAAGGUGGAUGCCACCCUGCGGCGGCUGCUGGAGCGGUACCGAGGCCCCGAGCCCUCUGACACGGUGGAGAUGUUCGAGGGCGAAAAAUUCUUCGCUGCCUUCGAGAAGGGUAUUGACGUGGAUGCUGACCGCCCAGACUGCGUGCAGGGCAGGGUCUGUUUUGUCUUUUACUCACACCUGAAGAACGUGAAGGAGGUGUAUGUGACCACAACCCUGGACCGACAGGCUCAGGCUGUGAGGGGCCAGGUGUCCUUCUACCGGGGAGCAGUGCCCGAGGACGUGCCCGAGGAGGCCGAGGCGGCCCGGCACCGGAAGGGCACAGACAGCCCGUGGAUGGCCACUCUGCCCAUCAAGCUGCCGAGACUGCGGGGGUCCAAGGCGCCAGGGCAGGGGCAGGGGACUAGCCUCUCCCUGGCACCUUUGAACCUGGGUGAUGCUGAGACCGGCUUCCUGACCCAGAGCAACCUGCUGAAUGUGGCCGGACGCUUGGGCCCUGACUGGCCAGCUGUGGCCCUGCACCUCGGCAUGCCCUACCGUGAGCUGCAGCGCAUCAGGCAUGAGUUCCGGGACGACCUGGACGGCCAGAUCCGUCACAUGCUCUUCUCCUGGGCUGAGCGCCAGGCCGGGCAGCCGGGGGCCGUGGGGCGCCUCGUCCAGGCCUUGGAGCAGAGUGACCGGCUGGACGUAGCCGAAGAGGUGAGGGCGGUGUUGGAGCUCGGCCGCCAGAAGUAUGAGGACAGCAUCCAGCGCACGGGCCUGGCCCCACUGGACCCUUCAGCAUCACCGUCCCCAGAGUCUGCCCAGGCCUAGACCCCACUGACUUCGGGCUGGCCCCUGAUGCACCCUGGCCAGUGGGUGCCUUCCCUGUGCGUGGGCACAGUGACUCCCUGUUACCCUCUCCUCUACCGCGCGUAACACAUAUGUGCUGUUCUG